GGGGCGUUGCUGGGGCGGCUUAAGAUGGCGGCGCGCUGGAGCAGCGAGAAUGUGGUGGUGGAGUUCCGCGACGCCCAGGUCGGGCCCCGAGGAGCAGCGCGAGCUCCCGCCCCGCCGGGCCCUGGGGCCGUCCCGCGCGAUCUGCGCCUGGCGGCUGUGGGGCUGGGGCCGGGCUGACGGGCUGUGGGCGCGGGGCUGCCGAGGAGGGCCCGAUCUGGGCCUGUUCGCUCUGCCCCCCCCUCCGAGAACGCAGAGGCUGGGGUGCAGCGCUCUGACCCGGGGUGCAGAGAUAAGGAACGUCCUCACGGGGUUUUGAGUGUUUUUGUCCUUGGUUCUGCUCAUGGGGAAACAUGUUAAUUCCUGAGGCGCUUUAUUUUCAGUAUUGAUUCUAAGCGUGUCAGCUUUUUCCAGCUCUGUUGGCAGGCCUAAUAGGAGACGUUCCUGCUUCCCACACCCCUCUCUUUCACUCCUCCUCUGAGACUACUGCAGCUCCUUUGCUGGCUGCAAUAGAGUUGCUGGGUGUAGUGUGGUCAGCAGGAAGAGCAGGUUAGGGUUUAAAUAGCAGAGGGGUCAGCUCUUGCUUUGUGUUUGCAGGUUGUAGCAGAGCUCCCUUCAGGCUCUGCUUGUGUGCUCUCUUAGAAGCUGUUCUGUGGAAAAGCAUUUUGUCGUGGCAUUGCCAUUUCUCUCACAGAGCUGAGUCUGGUGGGUGAGCCCAAGAAACCCAGAAAACAAAAAAUAGGUCUGCGGUCAUCUUCCAUUCAUCCUCAUAUCCUACAUAAGUGCCAGCUCUGUGCCCACCAUUCCCCGCCCAGCUCCUACAUCCUGCAUGUUGUACCUAGCCUACCCUCUGUAAGCCAACAGAGCUUGUCAGCUCUGCACUGAAAAGCUCGGUGUGGGUUUUGCUUUCCUCCUGGAUGAAAUGUGUAAAGCUGUCCUGUCUGUUGGUGAGGAUUUGCUCUCAGGAAGCUCAGAUAUGAAGGCAACUGCUAUGUCAGUGGACUGCCUGGGACAGCAUGCAGUACUCUCAGGCCGCCGUUUCCUCUACAUAGUCAAUCUGGAUGCACCGAACGAGGGCCAUCGAAAGAUCUCCCGGCAGAGCAAGUGGGACAUCGGGGCGGUGCAGUGGAACCCGCACGACAGCUAUGCGUACUAUUUUGCAGCUUCGAGCAACCAGCGAGUUGACCUGUAUAAGUGGAAGGAAGGUAACGGGGAAGUUUGCACAUCGUUGCAAGGACACACACGUGUGAUCAGUGACUUGGACUGGUCAGUGUUUGAACCAGACCUGCUGGUCACCAGUUCUGUUGACACAUACAUCUACAUCUGGGACAUCAAAGACACCAGGAAGCCUACAGUCUCACUCUCUGCAGUGGCUGGAGCUUCCCAGGUCAAAUGGAACAAGAAGAAUGCCAACUGUUUAGCAACAAGCCAUGAUGGGGAUGUCCGAAUAUGGGACAAAAGGAAACCCAGCACCGCAGUAGAAUACUUAGCAGCUCAUCUCUCUAAAAUCCAUGGCCUGGAUUGGCAUCCUGACAACGAGUACACACUGGCCACUUCCAGCCAGGACAACUCUGUCAGGUUCUGGGAUUACCGUCAGCCUCGGAAAUACCUCAAUAUCCUUCCCUGCCAGGUUCCUGUCUGGAAGGCGAGAUACACGCCUUUCAGCAAUGGGCUGGUGACAGUGAUGGUUCCGCAGCUCCGACGAGAGAACAGCCUACUUCUCUGGAAUGUCUUUGACUUGAACACACCUGUUCAUACUUUUGUGGGACAUGAUGACGUGGUGCUGGAGUUUCAGUGGAGGAAACAGAAAGAAGGUUCUAAGGACUACCAGCUGGUUACAUGGUCCCGUGAUCAGACUCUGCGGAUGUGGCGGAUUGACUCUCAGCUGCAGAGGCUGUGUGCUAAUGAUAUCCUGGAUGGAGUUGAUGACCUCAUUGAUGGGAUUUCUCUUCUGCCCGAGCCAGACAAGGCCCUUCAACCCCAGGACUCCGAGCCCCAACAUAGCUCUGGACAUGGGGAUGAGGAAGCCUUAAAAGAAGACUUCCUGAAUGACCUCCUGGUGGGAAAGAAAACAGACCAACUGGGGCUGCCUCAAACACUGCAGCAGGAGUUCUCGCUGAUCAACGUGCAGAUCCGAAAUGUCAACGUGGAGAUGGAUGCAGUGAACCGUAGCUGCACAGUGUCAGUGCACUGUGGCAACCAUCGAGUCAGGAUGCUGGUGAUGUUCCCUGUCCAAUAUCCCAAUAAUGCUGCACCAUCCUUCCAGUUCAUCAACCCAACCUCCAUCACUGCCUCCAUGAAGGCCAAGCUGCUGAAGAUACUGAAAGACACUUCUCUGCAGAAAGUGAAGCGGAACCAGAGCUGCCUGGAGCCCUGCCUGCGUCAGCUUGUCUCCUGGCUGGAGUCUGUCGUGAACCAAGAGGACAGCACGUCCAGCAACCCCUAUGCUCUACCCAACUCCGUGACAACCCCCCUGCCCACCUUUGCCCGUGUCUCCAAUGCCUAUGGCUCCUACCAGGACUCUAACAUCCCAUUUCCACGGACCUCUGGAGCCCGGUUCUGUGGUGCAGGGUACCUGGUGUAUUUCACGAGACCCAUGACUAUGCACCGUGCAGUGUCCCCAACGGAGCCCACGCCCCGGUCCCUGUCAGCUUUAUCAGCAUACCAUAGUGGCCUCAUUACUCCGAUGAAGAUCCGUACAGAGACUCCAGGCAAUCUGCGUUUGUACAGUGGGAGUCCUACGCGCAGUGAGAAGGAGCAGGUCUCCAUUAGCUCCUUCUACUACAAAGAGAGGAUGUCUCCUCGCUCUGCCCGGCGACGUUGGUCCAUACAAGCAAUUAACGACUUCCCGAAAUCAAGGAGGUGGAAAAGCAAACGGGAAGGGACAGAUGCCAACAAUCGACCCAUCAAAGCUGCUGGGAAAGUUAUUAUACAAGAUAUUUCCUGCUUGCUGCCUGUGCACAAGCUGCUGGGAGAGCUCUACAUAUUGAAUGUGAAUAAUAUCCAGGAGACUUGCCAGAAGAAUGCUGCCUCAGCCAUGGCUGUUGGACGGAGGGAUCUUGUACAGGUUUGGUCACUGGCCAUGGUAGCCACUGAUCUUUGUCUUGGACCAAAGUCUGACCCAGAUUUGGAGAUACCUUGGGCACAGCAUCCAUUUGGACGUCAAUUACUGGAGUCCUUGCUGGCUCAUUACUCGCAGCUCCACGAUGUGCAGACCCUGGCCAUGCUGUGCAGUGUGUUUGAAGCCCAGUCCAGGUUACAGGGGUGCCCAAACUCCUAUGGCCCCUUUCCUCAGCGUGCCUCCAACCUGGCCUCCCACAGCCGAUAUCCCAGCUUUACUUCCUCUGGUUCCUGUUCCAGCAUGUCGGAUCCUGGACUUGGCACUGGGGGCUGGAGCAUAGCAAACAAGGACACUGAGCAGACCUCCACUCCCUGGUGUGAGUCUUCUCCGGAUGAGUUCCGCUACAGCAACCUGAUGUAUCCCGAUCAUCGGGAGCGCGAGAAGGACCAGCACGAGAAGAACAAGAGGCUCCUGGAUCCUGCCAACACUCAGCAGUUUGAUGACUUUAAGAAGUGCUAUGGUGAAAUCCUCUAUCGCUGGGGUCUGCGAGAGAAGCGAGCUGAGGUACUGAAGUUUGUCUCCAGUCCUCCUGAUCCCCACAAAGGAAUUGAGUUUGGUGUGUACUGCAGCCACUGCCGCAGCGAGGCACGGGGCACCCAGUGCGCCAUCUGCAAGGGCUUCACCUUCCAGUGUGCCAUCUGCCACGUGGCCGUACGGGGCUCCUCCAACUUCUGCCUGACGUGUGGGCACGGUGGCCACACCAGCCACAUGAUGGAGUGGUUUCGCACACAGGAGGUGUGCCCCACGGGCUGCGGGUGCCACUGCCUGCUCGAGAGCACCUUCUGAACAGCGUGAGAGCAGAGCGCCCUGGGAAUGGGAUUUGGGAUGGAAUUCCCAAGCCACGUUGACUCAACUCUGCAGCGUCUGGACGAGCUGUGCAGGGAGCCAGUGCAGGACUUCUGGUGGUGUGCUGAUGCUUCUGAGUGCUUCCAGUGUCCCUGUGCUUCCCAGGUUGCUUUCAGAGCACUUGGACCAAACUUGAGUGCGUCCAUUGCUGGCGAUGGAUGCCACACCACAAAGCUCACGCUCGUUCUGCAGGAGUGUAAAUAUUGGCUAGUCUCUGGCAGGCUGAGGAAGGGUUUCAGAGUUCCUUUGGAAAGCACUUGAGUGGCAGAGCCAGACUUGCUCCAGAUGCGUGGUGUCUUUCCAGGUGCCUCUGGAUGGGCCCCAGCGUGAGCCGGGCAGAGCCUUCUUCACACACUUGAGGCAGAAAUAAUUUGCGAGCAGCAGAGAGCUCUGCAGGCUCACUGUCAUCUGUGCUCAAUGAGUGGCUGUGCUCCAAGUCACUUUCUGAACCAACAGGGUCCUUAUUUUUGAACUGCUGUUUACAUUGCUGAGGUUAUCCCAUAAAGCAAGAGUGAAAUGACGUUUUUCAGCAUUAUUUCCUAAAUAGCUUCCUCCCACUGCUCCGUAUCAGCGCCUGGUGUGAAAAGCCCAGCCACACAACCACAGCCACUAGGAUUAGUUUUCUUCUUCCAGGAGUUUAUUGCUCUUCAGUAAGUGUCUCUGUGCUCUGCUCUGGGUGAUUCAGUGCACUUUAACUUGCCUGUCCCUGCCUUGCUGGCAGCUCGUCCUCAGGGCUGGGAGAGGCAGCUGCCUUUCUGUUUGGGAUCCACAGCAGGUUUCGAGGACUGCAGGUCUCCCCUCAUCUGCGGGGGGCAAUGCACAAAGCCUUGGCUUUUUUGGGGGGAAGAGAUGAGGAGAACACAUGCUCUGUGCAGGGGGAAACUGAUGAGUAAUUUGGGAUGAUUUCAAGGGGAAAAGGGGUUCGGAAAAGUGGUGGGGAUGACAGAGGCAACAGGUUUGUGCCUUCCAUUUGAGAAUGUCCUGGAUGGAUCCCUCUCCUUGGGGCUGUGCCUGCUGCCUGGCCUGUGCCUGUGAUAACUCAGGCUGUGGGCUCCUGCUGUGGAACGGGCAGAUGUCUCUUAAAUAUUAAAGUUAUUUUUUGAAGUGUG